AUGGUCACUACACACGAAGCGCAACCAGCUGCUCUCAGUGGCUCCUCACGCCGCCGGCCACUGCAACCCACGGGAGUCCUCGAUGGAGUCGAUCACAUCGACCUGACUCCGGUGAUCGGCCGCGAGUUCCCGACAGCCAAGUUGGUAGGUUGGAUCAAUGCCACGAACGCGGAUGAGCUGCUGAGGGAGCUCGCAUACACCAUCUCCUCCCGAGGCGUCGUAUUCUUCCGCGCACAAGACCAGCUGACCAACGACCUCCAAAAGCAGCUGAUGCAACGUCUUGGAGAGCUGUCUGGGAAGCCUGCUGACUCGGGGUUACAUAUCCACCCGGUACUCAACACGUCCAGCGACGUCUCGCAGGACCGUGACCCGGACCAGGAGAUCUCCACAAUCUCUUCCAGCUUCAUCCGUCAGCUGGGCUCGUGGCGCGGCCACGAGGCAGGCCUCAGCGACAAAAAGCAGACGAGUACGGGCCAAUGGCACUCUGAUAUUGGCUAUGAAGUCGUGCCCGCUGACUACACCAGCCUGCGGCUGGUGCAAUUGCCCAAGACGGGAGGUGACACGGUAUGGGCAUCCGGUUACGAGAUCUAUGAUCGGAUCUCGUCCGCGUAUCAGCAGUUUCUCGAAAGCCUCACGGCGACCUUCAGUCGGCCGGAUUUUCUCGCUGCCGUCACCAGCCACGGGUACAAACUGUUCACGCAGCCGCGCGGGUCUCCACUGAACGUCGGGGGUUCGCUGACGGCGGUGCACCCGGUCGUGCGCACGAACCCGGUGACAGGCUGGAAGAGUUUGUAUCCCGUGGGCCAGAAUGUACGAUUCAUCAAUGGCCUCACGGCGGAGGAGAGUGAGGGCUUACUGCAGUGGUUCAAGGCGUUGCUGCUGCACAAUCACGACCUGCAAGUGCGCUUUCGCUGGCAGAAUGUUAAUGACAUGGCCAUCUGGGACAAUCGCUGCACUUUUCACACCGCAACGUACGAUUUUGAUGGGCUUGGAGAACGUAGUGGCAAUCGGGCCGUUGGCAUCGGGGAGAAGCCAUACUUGGAUCCAACGUCCAAGUCGCGCAGAGAAGCGCUUGCAGGUGAGGAGAUCGGGAAUCCGUUCAAAGAUGGUCAGGACCCGGGCGGACUUGGGGCAAAAGUGGGAGUUUAA